AUGGCUUCAUCAAAAUGGACCCCGUUGCAACCCAAUGCCGACGAUGACUUUGAGAUGCGCCCGUCUGAUCGUUUCAAUAAUCGCACUGGAGAAGAAACACCGGACCCUUCCAAUAAUAAGCCUCGCACAAGGGGCCAAGGACUUUUCCAACAAUCAGACCUAUCCUUUGCCUCUCAUGAUAAAACGACGCAACCUGUGCUGCCGCUUGGUAGACCAAAGGCAAAAAAGGGUAUUCACACCCAGGACUUGUGGACAGCCGCUCUAUCUUUCACUUGUCUCGGACUUGCCAUUCUGGUCGUGGCAGACGACCGUAUAGCCUGGCAUCUGGGACAGGGAGAUGACGACAACAACCAACUCAUCGUGGUGGGCUUCCUGCUCAGCAUAAUGAAUCUCUGCACCGAAAGCGUCGCACCAACCCUUUUUCUUCUCAUGGAAGCCAGGUUUGGCCCCUCAACGCUUCAGAACUAUCAAGGCCUUCUGCGGAACGAAAUCAUAGCGGAAAGGCUACACUUUGUGUGGAGGGUCGUGCUCUGUGCCAUGGUAGCGCUCCCGCUGGGCGUGAGUGCUGCAUACAAGGGGUUUUCGGGUGGCCACAGCACCAUCGAGGUGCGGGCUGCAAACUACGUUGGAAAUGCCUCCUAUUAUGGAAUGUUCGCUCCUCCCGGUCUACAACCACUAGGGAAUAACCUCGGUAUAUGGUUGUUCUCUAACGCUACGUUGCCUUUCGCCGUGGCUUCGUCAUACGGCGCCGUGGCCCCUGAUUUUCCCACUGAGCUCCCGACACCCUAUGGCUUCAACGUCCUCAUGCUCAGCAACGAAAGUACGGCCAUGUUAGAUAUUCCACAACCCGACUAUGUUUCGGCUGUGCAAAGCAAGCUAGCUAUUGGCGAGUCGUGGACUGUUUCGGCGCCCGUCUAUGGCACAGUUUCCACCUUCAAUAACUCUAAGACGACAGACCCCGACGGAUGGGACUUAUAUUUUCAGAUCAAGUGCAAAGCCGCCAAGCCCUCGGAUGGAUUUUCGACGACGUGGAUGUACAACCCUCACUAUUACCUUACGCUUUUGGGUAGCCCCUCAAUCGCAGGAGAUCAAACGCAUCAAUACAUCGGCUACAUCCCCUGGCCGAACCGCACGUCUACACCAAGUUGUUUAGAUUUUGCCCCUUACGCUCAAUUAUACAACAUCUACCGACAGAGCUGCCACGGCACCUGGUCCAUCACCCGGGGCAGCAUCCUCCUCAAAGAUGGUUCUUGCGAUGGCCCCAUCCUUCCGGCGGAAAAACAGCAGCUCAUCGUCGACAACGCCCUGGUCCUCGAGCUAUACAUGGCAUCUUUGUUCGACUUCUUGGGCAUAUUCGUCGACAGUAACAACCAAUCGGAUUGGGCUAGUCCAUAUAUGGCGACUGGGGUAGCCGCCAUGUUAUGGUCAAGGAUCACUGCACUCGACGGUGCUUCUAACAUGGCUCGAUCUCAGAAAGCAGGCUGGACGUCUCAGCAAGGUCAGAUCAAAUACACUUUCGAGGAAGCUGGGCUUGUGUAUCAGGUUGACGACACGCCUCAGUACACACGACCUACACUGAAGAAAUCGGGACUGUUAUAUUGCGUUUUCCUGAUCCAACCAGUCUUGCUUGUCGUCAUGCUAGUGUCAUUUUCACUACUCCACUCAACGCCGCUGGACAGAGGGUUUGGUCUGGUAUCUAUAUUAUCGGGUGUCGAUCGAGAGAGUCUAGACGGCAUCGCGGGAGCUAGCCUUUCGGGCGAACUUGAAGAGGAUGUCAAGUUGAUCAUUCGUGCAGUCCACGCGGAGAACAAAGAAUCAAUACAGUAUCAAGUUACGCAGUCUUCGCCGACGUCAGCUCGCACUGGGAGAUUGGUUAAGGCUACUGUCUACCACUAA